GGAGGAGAAAGGACGAGGAGGAGAGGAGGAGGAGGAGGAGGAGAGAGAAGGAGAGAGGAGGAGGAUCAUCAUCAUCACGGCUUUGUUCGUCCCAGCCGCGAACCAAGAGACAGAAACGCGACGCACACAACACACACCGGCCCUGCCGCCCUGCGUCUUCAUCACCAUCACCGUCGCCACCACCACCACCACCAAACAACAAACACCGCCCCGUGCUGUUGGGUCGGACUGCACGGAGCGGGCCGGGCCGGGUCGAAUCGGAUCCGGUUGGGCGGGAUCCCCCGGGGGAGGGUUUGGGUGAGCCGAGGUCGGGGCUGAGUCGGCCCGGGGAUCUCGGCUGCGCGGAACGGAACGAGCUGGGCCGAGUCACGUUUGUUCGGCUCGUCGGAUUGGAUCUGGUGGGUGCUCGGCUCGGGUCUGGGACGAGGAGGAGGAGGAGGAGGGUGACGAGGAGAUGGCGGACGCGGCUUCGUACGUGCUGAUGCAGGCCGAGAACGGAAGCCUCGUCAGGGUGGAGCACAACCGCAAGAAGAGGCAGUUCUUCAUUCGCCUCAAUGGUUACAGUGACCGGGCCGUGCUGCUCUACGAGUACAUCGGCAAGAAGACGGUGGACCUGCAGCACACCGAGGUGCCGGACGGCUACCGAGGGCGCGGCAUCGCACGCCUGCUCGCCAAGGCCUCCAUGGACUUCGUGGUGGAGGAGGACCUGAAGGCGCACAUCACGUGCUGGUACAUCCAGAAGUUCAUCAAGGACAACCCCUUACCUCAGUACCUGCAGCGGGUGCAGAACUGACGCCGCCAUCGCCUCUUCCUCCCACCGCCUCGUCGCCCACGGCAUCCCCCCCCCCCCCUUCCCUCGCCUCCACCGGGGCAACGGUAACCCGGCAACGCCGACGGUGCCCGGCCGCGUCGCCCUGGUUAGCACGUCCGGUCCUCCGGUGGGCGGCGGUGAAGGGCGGCGGGGGUCGGGUGGUGGUGGUGGUGGGGGGGGGGAGCUGCCAUCUCCUCGCCGGCGAUGGUGCCCGAGCGUUUGCCGGGAGACGCGUGGGACUUGUGCCGCGCGUGCGAUGGACGGCCCCUGCCGCCGCCGCUGCCGAGGCGGAAAAGGCGGCGAGGACGCAGGGGGGUGGUGUGGUUCCCGAACUGUUCGGCGGUGGCGGCGGCGCUCGAGAGAGAACUUUGGGAAGCGCGCGGUGGCACGGUCGUUGAGGAGGAGUGCCCACCGUAGCCACACGACGGGCGGAAGGCACGGGGGCGGAUGAACUUGACACCGGACGACGACGACGACGACGACGCUGCAGCCGUUUUUAUUCCCGCCGCUUCGGCAUCCCGGUUUCACCGCGCCGGGGGACGUCGCGGGCGCGAGGGCCCGCGGUGCGAUUGCCCGGUUGCCCGCGUUGUCACGGAGAGCGGUGAUCCAUGGAGGGUUGUGCGUAGGCCCUCCCGGGGGGGGGGGGGGGCAAUGCUGUCCAUAACGAGACCGAGUGUAGCGAGUCAUUGGAUCGGGCAGAGUGAUUGAUUGGCCUGUAAAAGAAAAGUUUUUGGGGUUGUGCAGAGAGACAUCGAGCGAAGGAUGCGUCACGGCACUGGACAGAGAGUCAUUUAUCUGCGCAGGGCCAUAUAGCUGGAUGGGGCUGGGUAGAUGGUCAUUGGACUGGAGAGACAGUUAUUGGGGUGGGCAGUUAUUGUACCGGGUGGAGAGUGUUUGGAUGGGUAAGAGAGUCGUUGGUUUUAGGAACACAUCAUGGGACUGUGCAGAGACUCAUUUGGCUGUGCAGUCAUUGGGCUAAGUAGAAAUUGAUUGGGGAAAAGUUCAGUGGAGGGAGUCACUGGGUAGAGAAGUCACUGGGUAGAGAAGUCACGGAGCCUGGUAAAGAUCUUCUUGGUUCUUUCGGUAAAGUCACGUAGAAUGGAAAUAAAAAAAUAAAACAUAAUCAAAUAAAAUUCUCACGACGUUUUGCCACAA